AUGCAUUCUUCGAUUUCUUUCCUUGUUGCGGCACUUGCCACAGGCGCGUUCGCAAUUCCAGUGACAAACACUACCACCAGUUCCUACUAUUGUGGCUUCGGCACUAAUGCAGAUGGUUCCUGCAUUGUUCCAACUACGACCACAACCUCUGUAUCCUCUACUUCUACAUCGAGCUUCUAUUGUGGUUUCGGGACCGCCCUCGAUGGCAAAUGUAUUACCCCAUCAUCAAGCACUACAUCGACUUCAUCCAGUUCUACAACGACAUCGUACUACUGCGGGUUUGGCACGGCCUUGGACGGCAAGUGCGUUACUCCUACAACGACUACGACGUCCACUUCAUCUACAACGACCUCCUCAUACUAUUGUGGGUUUGGCACCGCGCUAGACGGAAAAUGUGUCACUCCAACGAGCACGAGCACCUCGACUGUCACUACCACCACUUCCUCCUCGCAUUCCGUUACCACUACAAAGAGCACCAGCACCAGCAGCAGUGCAAGCAAGACAACCAGCUCCAGCACAAGUGCCAGCAGUAGCACAAGCACGACAACCAAGGCGAGCAGCUCUAGCGCCAGCAGUGCAACCAGCACCCCGACUACCUCUGGCUCUCACUAUUGCGGGUUUGGCACUGCUUUGAAUGGGAAGUGCAACCCGGCGCCAACCUCGACUAGCACCUCAACCACUUCUACAACUACUCCUUGGUCCCAUUGGUGCGGAUACGGCACAGCGGCCAACGGUCAGUGCAAUCCGCCACCUCCCAAGCCGACCACCACCACAUCUAAUGGCUGCCCUGCUCCUGCCACGGUCACUGUCACCGCCACCCCUACUUUGGCGCCGAACUUCUUCUACGGUUUGAGUGAGUGCGUCGGCUGCCAAUGGAUCACGAUCACCAUGGCCGUGCCCACUUCGGUCGGCGCCUGGUAG